AUGGACUCCCUCGACAAGGCGUCAUCCACAGCUUUCACUAUUGAUAAUAUCCCUUUUGGGGUCAUCAGUACUCCCGAUAAUCCCACCCCAAGAUGUGCCACCGCCUUCGAGGACCAGGCGGUCGAUUUGAGCGGACUGGAGAACGACGGGGUUUUUGCCUCGAUCGUAGACUUUGGCACCGGUGUUUUCUCGCAGUGUUCUGAGGUCAUCGGUCUCGAAGUCAACCCCAACUGGUACUGCAUACCCUCAUGCUACAACGGCCGCACAUCAAGCCUCAGAAUAUCGGGCGAACCCAUCCGUCGUCCAUGGGGCGUGAUCCAACCCUCUGAACCAGGCUCCUCUGCAGCCUGGGCCCCUAGCCGACGACUCGACUUCGAGCUCGAAAUGGGCAUCUACGUGUCCAAGCCCCUUCCGCCGGGGCAGAUACUUGACAUCCGCCAAGCCCGUGAUCAUAUCUUCGGUUUCGUCCUUCUGAACGAUUGGUCGGCGCGAGACAUCCAGGGGUUUGAAAUGAGCCCGCUCGGUCCGUUCCACAGUAAGGGAUUUGGAACGACUGAUCUCGCCGUGGGUGGUCACCAUGGAGGCCCUGGUGCCGGUCGCGUGUGA